AAAAAAAUGAUUUAAACAAUUUUAUCUAAUCUGAUAUGAAGCAUGUGGUUCUUAUCAAAUAUUUUCUUGGCGGAAUUACUGAUAACUUUUUUAAGACUUAUAAGCUAUUUUAAAAUAAAAUUUAAGUAUUUUUUUUAUAAAACUUUUGACUUGUAUAUCUAAAUAUUUUUAACAAAUAUAUUAUUCCAAUAAUAUAAUAGAAAUGUUGAAUUGCUCGAAAACUUCUCAUAUUAAUCCCGGUAGUUAUUUAAUUAUUAAUAAAAAUGAUACAUAUUUAAUUCAUCAAAUAUCUAAUAAAGCUGUACUUAAAUUAAAUCGAGAUACAAUUGAUCUUAAAGUUGCUAUUGGACAACCUUAUUCAACAACAUACAAAUUAGAACCUGUUUCUGAGAAGAAACGUCAUUACACUUUAGUCAUUUGUAAUAAUGGUUUAACAAAAAACCAAUGGUCUACAAAUGGCUGUGGUAUAGAUAAUAAACUUAUAACUGACGAUAGUACUUCACAAUUAUUGAGUUCAGAUGAUAUUAUUGCAUUGAAAGACAGUGGUGAAACUGGUCAAAAUAUUGUUGAGCGAUUGUUGGAAAACAGUAAGACAUUUCAACUGAAAACUGAAUACGCACAAGAAAAAUAUCUCAAGAAGAAAGCAAAAAAAUACUCUGAUUAUUUAACAAUAUUAAGACCAACAUUGAGACUUAUUACAGACAUUUUAUAUAAACAAGUUUUUCCUAAAACUAUUCCAUUAAGAUUUGAUACCUUAGCUCAAAUAUUAUGUCGCAUAAGUUUGGAUCCUAGUGGUAAAUAUUUAUUAUUUGAAAAUGGAAGUCAAGGAUUAUUACAAGCUGCAUUUUUAAACCAAUUAGAUGAUAAUGGACAUCUAGUGCACAUAUUUUCUUCUACUACUGAACAAAAUCCACUAAAAGCAGUAAAAUGUAUGAAUUUUUCAGAAGAAAAAUUAAAACAAAUGUCAGCAAUUCACAUAAAAGAAAUAUUAGGAAUUAAUUACAUUGAAGAUAGUGAAAAUAUAUUAAAUACCACUGAGAAAAAAAGGAAAAGUGAUGAAGCAUAUACACAAGUAAAGAAAAAACAAAAACCUAUUUCCAAUUUAAUAGAUUUAGAUUUUAUUAAAUUUAACAAAUUUGAUGGAUUAAUUGUUGUAUGUAGAGAAGAACCAACAGAGCUUAUUAAAAUUCUUUUACCUUAUUUAUCCAUAUCAAGACCUUUUGUUAUUUAUUCAAUGUUUCGAGAACUUUUAGUCAACAUUUAUGCUGAAUUUAAGAUAAGAAAAGACAUAAUAUUUUUACGGUUAACUGAUAGUUUCUUAAGAGGUUAUCAAGUAUUACCAGAUAGAACACAUCCUGAUGUAACAAUGGACAAUAGUAGUGGAUAUUUACUGUCUGGAAUAUUUGUUGAAAAAUCGAUGUAAUUAUUUUUUUUUAAAGCAUUAAGCACAAUAAGAUUUUAAUUAUGUAUUGCUUUAUUACAAUUUUUUUCUAUUAAUAAAUAACUGUAAAUCUUGGAAA